AUUGAGGUUCUAUCUCUUAAUUUGUUUCAAUAAUCAAAUCUCUUUCUGAUAUUUUUUUUCUUCCUUUUUCAUAAAUAUAAUGCUCAUCUGCUUCCCUCUUCCUCCUGAUAUUUGACGGGGGAAAUGAUUUUCUAGUCCUUUACAAAUUCAAUUUUCGGUUUUAUGCCUUUUUAAUAUCGGAUCUUUCGUUUUUAUAUGUAAAAGAUCUGUGAAAAGGACAUUUUCUUCUGUUCGUUUGUAAGUGGACCAAGAGAUCUCAUUUCCUGUCGCGUUGCAUGCAUGCAAAAAUGCAGCCCCAAUUUCACCCUCCUCAACAUAUAAAAACUCAACCAGCUCAGAAGCCCGGCCCAAAUGCACCCCAUUCGGAUGACGACCCGAUCAUCGUGGUCGACCUCGUAUGGCCAUUCGGAAACCUCGAAGGACUCGAUCGUGACGAUUUUCGAGAAUCAGCGUAUGAGAUAUUCUUCACGGCGUGUCGGUCAUCGCCGGGGUUUGGUGGUAGGACAGCUGCAUUAGCAGCCUCGGAUGGAUCAUCGUUGGGAGACGGAAACGGGCUGGGACCCGAGUCGGGUACGUCCGGGCCGGGCCUCGGGUCGGGCCCGGGAUCACCGAAACCGAAAGGGGUAGGAAUGGCGAUAACGAGCAGGGUGAAAACGGCGUUAGGGUUGAAAAUGCUGAAGAAGUCACCAUCUCGGAGGACGUCUGCUGGUGGCGUUAAUGGUCCGUCUUCGCCCGCCGCAGUUGCGAGCCCCAGGACACCCUCGGGCUCGACUAUUCAGCAGGCGAAGAUACGGAGGCCGCUGACGUCAGCCGAGAUAAUGAGGUUGCAGAUGAGAGUGUCAGAGCAAAGUGAUAAUAGGCUAAGAAAAACACUUAUGAGAACUCUCGUAGGCCAAAUAGGGAGGAGAGCAGAGACAAUAAUCCUACCAUUGGAGCUAUUACGCCAUCUUAAACCAUCCGAAUUCAACGAUGCUCAAGAGUAUCAUCUAUGGCAAAAGCGCCAGCUUCGUAUACUUGAAAUAGGCCUUCUCAUUCACCCUUCAAUCCCGGUAGGAAAGGAUAAUGCAUCUGCAUCGCGAUUACUAGAGAUCAUUCAACUCUGUGAGACCAAAACAAUCGACACCAGCAAGAACUCCGAGACCAUGAAAUCGCUCAGCAAUGCAGUAGCCGCGUUAGCUUGGAGAAGUGUUGAAGAUGCACCUAGCGAUACCUGUCGUUGGGCUGAUGGAUAUCCUCUCAACAUCCAUAUAUACACCGCCCUCUUAGGCUCGAUAUUUGAUCUCAAAGAUGACACGUUAGUCCUCAAUGAGGUCGAUGAGCUUCUUGAAUUGAUGAAAAAGACAUGGUCUACAUUGGGUAUUACUAGAUCAAUUCAUAACUUGUGCUUUACAUGGGUGCUUUUCGAGCAAUAUGUUGUGACUAACCAAGUCGAACCUGAUCUUCUUGGUGCAACGUUGACUAUGUUAACCGAUGUUGCAAAUGAUGCUAAGAAAGUAGAUAGGGAUCGUAUUUAUCUAAAGAUGCUGAAGAAUGUUUUAACCUCAAUGAAACGAUGGUGUGAGAAGCGAUUACUGAAUUAUCAUGCCAGUUUUCACGCGGAAAAUGUUGUCCUAAUGGAAAAUAUUAUUCCUCUUAUGUUCUCUGCCUCGAAAAUAUUAGAUGAAGAUGUUCCGGGAUAUGUAUCUUCUGCUGCUGAGAAAGGGGAUGUUAAAGAUGAUUCGAAGGGGAAUAGAGUGAAUCAUUUCAUCGGUUCAUCGUUAAGGUCUGCAUUCAGUAAGUUGUUGGAAGAACGGAGUAUAAACAUCGUGAGUUUUGAAAAUGAAGACAUGAUCGAGUCACUCAUUAAGUUAGCUAAUGCAACAGAAGAAUUGGCUACUAAGGAGAAGGAAAUUUUCACUCCUGUCUUGAAGAAAUAUCAUCAGAUUGCAGCUGGUGUUGCGGCAGUGACAUUACAUACUUGUUACGGAACUUUGUUAAGGCAAUACCUAGCAGGUACGACCUUUCUCACGAGUGAGACAGCGUUAGUGUUGCAGAGGGCUGGGAAACUCGAGAAGGUUUUAGUCCAAAUGGUGGUGGAGGAUUCUGUCGAUAGCGAGGAUGGUGGCAAAAUGAUGGUGAGGGAGAUGAUUCCUUAUGAAGUUGACUCAAUCAAAAUUAACCUCUUGCGGAAAUGGAUCCACGAUAGUUUGAAGAAAGGGAAAGAGGUUCUCGUAAGAUCAAAAGACUCCGAAACAUGGAAUCCGAAAUCCAAAAGCGAGCCAUAUGCGCAAUCAGCAAUUGAUCUAGUGAGACAUUCCAAGGAAGCAGUGGAAAAUUUCUUCGAAAUUCCUACAAUCAUCACCGAGAAUUUGGUCACUGAUAUCGCAGAUGGCAUAGAGAACUUAUUCAAAGAAUAUGUUAUCUUUGUUGCAUCAUGUGGUGCAAAACAGAAUUACAUGCCUACACUUCCUCCUUUAACAAGAUGUGGCCAAGACACAAAAUUUAUGAAACUAUGGAAGAAAGCUGCUCGUACUGUCGGAUCAAAUGAUCCGAACCAGCAUUUGACAGACGAAGAUAACAAUCCGCGCCCUUCAACAAGCCGAGGAACUCAACGACUUUAUGUAAGGCUUAACACCUUGUAUUACCUCCUUCAACACCUCAAUUCCCUCGACAAAACGCUAUCUCUCUCAACUCGAGUCAUCGCUUCACCAGGAAGCCGUUACAACAAGAACAGACAGCUAGCUUGCUGUUCCUUCUUCGAUCAAACACGCUUCUCCAUCCAAACAGCCAUUCAACACAUAUCAGAAGUCGCUGCUUAUCGCCUUAUGUUCUUCGACUCCAACUCAGUAUUCUACUCAAGCCUAUACGUAGGUGAUGUAGAGAAUGCACGCAUCCGGCCAGCGCUUAGGAUACUCAAGCAAAACUUAACUCUUUUAUGUGCUAUCCUCACUGACCGGGCUCAACCGAUAGCGCUGAAAGAAGUCAUGAGAGCUUCUUUCGAAGCAUACCUCAUGGUUUUACUUGCCGGAGGAUCACGAAGGCACUUCACCAUAAUGGAUCAUCAUAUGAUAGAGGAAGAUACUCAGAGUUUGAAGAGGGUAUUUUGUACUUGUGGUGAAGGUUUGAUACUAGAAGACGUCGUCGAAAAAGAAGCAGCAACAGUUGAAGCUAUAGUGACAUUAAUGGGACAAUCAACACAACAAUUGAUUGAAGAUUUUAGCACUAUGGCAUGUGAAGCUAGUGGCAUUGGAGUUAUAGGCAAUGGACAGAAAUUGCCUAUGCCACCAACAACAGGAAAAUGGAAUAGAUCAGAUGCUAAUACAAUCUUGAGGGUACUUUGUCAUAGAAAUGAUAAAAUUUCCAAUCAUUUCUUGAAGAAAACAUUCCACUUAGCAAAGAGGAGGAGUUAAGAAACGCCGCACCAGUGUCAGAUCCUUAAAAACCGCAAAGAUUUCAAAAGAUCCAACAUACACUCAAGGGGUAUGUUCGAUGAGUCCGAGCAAUAUAGCCUAAAAGACAAAAACAAAAGGUUUCACUUGUACAGAAAAAAAAUCAAGAACUAAAUUUUUUCGAAAGUAUAUAUGCUAUUAAAGUUUAUUUUUAUUUGAAGGAUGUAAAGUAAAGCCUUCUAGACCAUAAAAAUUGUACUACUUGAACUAAAAUUUUCUAAAGUUGAUUUUUUAAUUUGAAGGAUUGUAAAGUUAAAGCCUUCUAGACUAUAAAAAGGUUUGUAAAGGAGUACUACUUGAGAAAUUUGUACUAA